AUGGCUUCGACGAUUUACCGCCUCAGGCAGUUCGUCAUUGUCUGCGCCUUGUUCGUCUCGGCCUCGUUUCUUUGGAAUGGCCUCAAAAUCGGCCUCGAGGAGGACUUUGCCACGGCUACAGAAGGACGGCUUCAGGCUGAGGGCUCAGAGGUGCGGAUUCGGAAAAAAAUUGAGAAUUUUCUUUGGGAUAUUUUUUUUUCUUUGGGGUGUUUUCGUGUUUUACCUGUAGCAGAGUUCAUGAAGAAAAGCUAAUUUCAUCCGUAUUUUGUACAAAAAAGUUGUUAUUUUUUCUAAAUUCCAUCAAAAAGUUGUUAAAGGAGCAUGGAAAAAGUUCUUGUAGGUCUCAAGACGAAGAGCCGUUUUGCGUUUUUUGUCAAGUUUUACAAGAUUUUUAUUUUCUAACUAAAAGAUGCUCAUUUUUAACUUUAUCUCUCCCAUGUCCACAUUUUCAAAGCGUCACGCCACUGAAAUUGAUAGUGACGUUUUUAAAAACCUCCAUUUUUUGAAGGAGCAUGGGAAAUUUUCAUAAUGGUCUCAAGACGAAGAGCCAUUCUUUGUAUUAUUUUAAGUUUUAUGAGACUGAUGAGCCUUUGAACAACGAAUCAAGGAAAAACAGUGAAAUUCCUCAUUUUGCGUCAUUUUCCAACAGAAAUAUGCUCAUUUCGGACGUUAUCUCUUCUAUUUUUUCGUUUUCAGAGCGUCACACCACUGAAACUAAUAGUGAUGAUUUCAAAAACCCUCACUUUUUGAAGGAGCAUGGAAAAUUUACAUGAUGGUCUUAAAACGAAGAGCCGUUCUUUGUAUUAUUUUAAAUUUUACAAGGCUGAGGAGCCUUUAAACUGCGAAUCAAGACAAAACAGGAAAAUUCCUCAUUUUGCGAAGUUUUCCAACAGAAAUAUGGUCAUUUUUUUGACAUAAUUUAUCUUAUUUUUCACGUUUCAAACCACUAGAAUUUAUAAUGAUCUUUUCAAAAACCCUUGUUUUUUUGAAGGAGCAUGGAAAGAUUCUUAAAGGUCUUAAAACGAAAAGGCUUUAUUUUUAAGUUUUAUAUUAAUGCCGUAUUCGAAGUAGUUACCGCGAAAUUCAAAAUUAUCUCUGAAUCACCAAGAUUUAGUUGUCUUUUUCUCUCUAUAACAGCUAUUUCGAAAGUCGCGCGAAAAACUAUGAGAACGGCAUUAAUUUUAUUUUGAGUAAUCAUUUUUAUUUCAUUUUGUACGUUGAAGAAUAUUUCAAAACAUCGAAAUUUCAAUUUUUCGAAUAGUUUUCUUUUUACAAGGCUGAUAGAUUUUUAAAACCCAACUAAAGGGACCACUCUGCUGUUAAAAACCCAACCGAAACCCAAAUUUUUAAAACCCAAUCCAACUAAGAACGAAAAAUUCCUUCUUGCGUCAUUUUCUAACUAAAACAUGCUCAUUUGUGGUUUAUCUCUCCUAUUUUCAGAACUCCAAACCACUAAAAUUGAUAGUGACGCACAGUGAUAACGAAGGGGACGGGAAAACUGAUAACGACAGUAUCUCUAACAAUUCUCUGGAAGACUCGGUAAGAAAUUUUUUUAUUUUGGUGAAAAAUUUGGUUUAUUUAGAAGUGCAACAUCCCUCACUUGGAUAUCAAUGGGUCGGAGGUUUUUUUAUUUAUUUUUUUAGUUCAUUAUAAUUUUUUUCAAAGGUUAUUGGCUUUUUCGAGAAGCAUCAGCCUUUGAAAUGUCAACUCUCGGACAGUGGAAUCGAUCCAAAUUGGGUUUUUAUCGAUGAUGAGGGGAAGAUUCGGUUCAUUGAGAAAAGGUUUUCAAAUUUGCAAGGAUUUUGGUAAUUUUGAAACUGAUUUUUUUUGUAUUUUUUCAGUAAUAAAAAUCAAAAUCAUCUCUGACUCUCCAAAAUUCAGUUGUCUUUUUCUUUCUUUGACGGCUAUUUCGAAAUUCGCGGAAUCACGUCGAACACGGCAAUAGGAAAAAUAGAUUACUUUUUCAUUUCUGCAAUCUCGAUUGUUUUACGUUUCAAACAAAGGCUAAAUCGUUUUGAAAUGAUAAUUAGUUUUUGAUUUUAUAAAUGGAAAUUUGUCAAUUAAAAAAAAAGAAUUCUCAACUUUUCAAGGAUUUGAUCAAAUUAUGCAUAGUUUCACUGAGCGAUUCUGCUGUAAACUACAUUUUUUCAUGGUUUAUCGAGAAGGUAAUAAAUUCUAUUCUAGCUGGUUCACGGUUAGCUUGGAACGCUAAGGGGCGUGGCCUGUCUGCGCUCUCCACGAUCUAGGCACUAUCUCGUGCAUUAUCGUGUCAAGACCCUUUUUUCGAUGGCUCAAGUUAGCCGUGAAUCAGUCAUACUUCUUAUGCGCUUAUCUUAUCAGGGAAAAAAAGCUAUUGUCUAUAAAUUGCUUGAAGCUGAUAUCAUUUUCUCAGUCCCCUCAAGGAGAAUUUUUUCAAAUGGCGUGUUCAUCAGAGAAACGGAACAUGCUUCAAAACAAAAAAUUGUGUUCAUUGGCGCGCCAAAGUUGCUCCAAAACAGUACUAAUUUUUGUUUUGAAGCAGUUUUUUUGCGUUUCGGAACAAUUUUCGUUUUGUCGGAUGAACACGCCAAAAUCCACUUUUUUUAAUUGGUCUUUUUCAGCAUCCUCUCCCUAUAUUGAAACUACUGGACUAUUUUGAGUGGCCACUAGAGAGGCUCGCCCAGGAAUACUUGGAGAGGACACUAAACCCACCUCUAUAGUGGCCACUAUUUUCCGUUUUAGUGGCCACUUCAGUAGUUUUUCAUCCAGUAUUCCUUCCAAUAAUUCUGAUAAUUUUAAAACAAACAGAUGGGACCAGUUAUGUUGAUCCAUUGACCCCUAAAGUAGCCACUAAAAAUUUUCCCAAUCAUCGUUUUGAUCCAGUUUGAUCUAAGCUUUCGGAAACUUAUUUCUUUUUGCACCCGUUGUUUUCACGGGAUAGCCCAACUGAGACUCGAAAAGCACGGGUUUAAUAUUAAUUGUUUCAUAUAUUAGUGAUUGAAUAAAAAAGUAGUUAUUGUGGCCUUUUCAUGGCUUUUCAAAGUAUUUGGGGAUUUAGUUUCUGUUCAAAAUAACAAAAAGAGCUCAAAUCGGUUUAGUUCAACUAUUUUGACUGUUCUUGUGAUUGCAGGCGAAUCAAAAAAAGCCAUAUAUUUGUUCAGGAAAACGGCGAAAUGUUUUAUCCGCUACUUCCGGCGGUUCGACGACAACCGCAACGAAUACGAUAAGCCGGUGAACAUUUUCGACGGUGACGUCAUGACGAAUUCCGAUUUCGGCGUCGUAGCCUGUGCUCAAGGCACACAGAAAUGGUAUGAACUUUUUUUGUUUUUAAAAAAAAUGAAAAAUAAAAAAAUUUUUUUAGUUCAGUUUUUUUCUGCGUUUUUUUAAAAUUUUUAAAUAAUAUUAGAAAAAUAUUAGUAGCUUCAAAAUAAAGGGAAUAUUUUUUUAAAAAAACGUAUUUUUCAAAGAAAAAUUCACCUUCAAAAAAAUUUUUGUAGAACCUUUGAAGAUUUUUUCCCACUUAGAUAAGGAAACAAAAAAAUGUAAUUCUGAACGAUUUUUCCACUUUUUUUGCAAUAACUUUAAAAUAUUUAAUUUAUUUUUUUCGUUAUAAAUUUUUUUGUUCGCAUCAAAUUUUUAAAUUAAGGAAAAACUCAAUAAUUGAAAAAAACUGUGAAUUCAUCUCAUUGAAAAUUAAAAAAAAUUUCUUAUUAUUGUUGAAUUUAAACAGUUUUUCCUGUUUCAUUCAGAAUAAUGGACUUCUAAAUCAGUAAAAUGAAUUUCUGAAUCAAAAAUUUUUUUCUAUAAUCUUUCAGGUCUAGACGUUUUUUUGAAGUACGUAGAAAAAAAUUUGGUUUACCUUAUAUUUCUGAAGAAAAAAAUUGAGAAAAAAAUAAAAAAAGUCUUUCUUUUUUUCAUGUUUAUGACGUGUUCAAAUGCUUUAAAUGUAAAACUUUCAUCAAUUUUUCUACAAGAUACUUGGAAAUUCUCGACAUUAACCAUGAGUUUAAAAAGUUCAAAAGAGUUUUUAAGUCUUUUUCAAUAUUGAACCUUGAAUUUUUCCAGGAAAUCUCUUCUUUGGACAGUUGCGGAGAACAAGGAAGCCCAUUUAAAAGCCUUGAAACAAAAAGAAAUGAGGGAAAAUUCGAAAUUGAUCCCGAAUCCUGAGCCGCGGCUCAACGUCUACUUUUUGGGGUUUGUUGGGUGUUUUUCAGAUUGAAAAAUGGAAAAUUAACAGAAGGAACAGUGUCUCAUCUCAGGGAAUAUUGAAGAAUCGCCAUUUUUUCUUGAAAAAAAGCUAUAUUCUACCGAAAAGAUGACCCUGAAAGCCUCCGCGACAAGUUAUCAGGAUGGUAGGAAGGAAUUUUGGGUUCCCGAAUAUUCGUGAGCGUUAAUUGUGCAUACACCAAUCUUGGAGGCUCGAAUCUUUGAAAAUUUGAAUCUUUGCAAACGAUUCUGGGGAAUAUUCCCCUCUUUUUUGAAUUUCUUCUUUUUUUCCUACAUUUUUUUUUCCUUUGUCGUUUUAUUGUGAAGAUGCCGUGUUUCGACCACAAAUGAACACUGUAUUAUUUUUUUCAACUAGCUUUUUUUAUCAAAUAAUGCGUCUUUCUCGCAUACACCGAGUCAAAUAUUCGCUGCAGAACGGCUACCACAUUUUCAUUCACUCUGUAUAUAUUCUCCAUCAACUUCCAUUCACAAAAAAUUGUAAAAAAACUAUAAAAAAAUCAGAAAAGAGGUGAAUAUUCUCAAGAAUCGUUUGCAAAGAUUCAAAUUUUCAAAGUUUCCAGCCUCCAAGAUUGGUGUAUGCACAAUUAACGCUCACGAAUAUUCGGGAACCCAAAACUCCUUCCUAACAUCGUUAUCAUAGGAAUAGCUGAAAAUCGUUAUUUACAGUUUCAUUUUCAGGGUAAAUAGUUUUUGAGGAAAUAUGCAUUAUUGAGGAUAUCCUAUGGCUUGUUGGAAAAGUCGGUCACUUUUUUUAGGACGCAUAACUUUUCAAAUUUCCAAAAUUUAACAAGUUUUUUGGGCUCUAUAAAUUUACUCCAUUAUAUGUCUAGUUUCGAAGUAAUUUUUUUCGAAAAAUUCUGGCCUUUUUUUCAGAAUUUUUUUCAGUUUCGCCACAAAAAAAUUUUUUUAAAUCAUUGAAAAUUUUUUUGAUUUCAGGUCAAAAUAGAAACGUUGACAUGAAAGUUAUUGAAAAAAACUAAAAAAAAUCUCUGUCGGCCGCCAAUAUUUGGUUUUUUUCAAAGCUUAAAAACUAAUCAGAAUUGAAAGCUUUACGCAUUUUGGACACCUAAAAAAAAUUUAGAAUUGAAAAAAAUUUAAGAUUUUUCAAAAAAAUGCUUCAGAGAAAGGCGGAUCUCCGCGUUGCGCAGAAAAAAUUUUUCGCAUUUUUGAAUUGGUUUUUUAUAUUUCUAAUAUUCAUAUGACCCCAACGCCUUUUUUUCAAUGGAAUCUCGGGUUUUCAUGUACCUACCGUCGAAAAAUUCUAUAAAAAGGAAAAAUAUAGUCGAUGUGCCACAAGUUGAAAUUUCAUGGAACGACACUCCGCUGUUUCGAUUUGUGCGGUAGCGCGCAUCUUGCAAAUUUGCCAACCUCGGCCACGCUAAUUUUUUUGGUUUUCAUUCUAAUUUCGAUCGUUUUUUGAUUGUUUAAUUUCUUUAAAAUGUAUUGAUAUCGUUGAAAAUGAUUGCGUACAAAUUUAAACGAAAGAACACAGUAAAUUUCAUAAUCUGCUUUAUUUCACUGCUUGUUUAUCCCCUGGUUGAAUUAUUGGCAUUCCGAAAAACUUUAUUCAUCCAUUGCACUGCCAAAAAGUUCGUAAAACUGAAAGAAUUAUCGAAGAAACUGUAUUUGAAAACGGCAAAUUAUAAAAUGGGAAAGCGUGACCGAGAUCCGCAAAGGCAUUUGUUUUUCACGGCCACAAGGCCACCGAGCGGAGUGUCGUUCCAUGAAAUUUAAACUCGUGGAACAUCGACUAUAAUAUACAAAAAAUUACUUUCACAAGCCGAAAUUUCCUUCAGCUCUUUUGGUACUUUCCAGCUAUUUUUGGUUAUAAACACGGAAAAAGUCCAUCCAAAAGCUCUUUUUUAUGACCUUUUUUCAAAAAAGACUUUAUUGGGAGAAAAAAAUAAUAAAGGUAAAAAAGGAGGUUCUAAGAAACUUUUGACACCUUUUCCUUUUUAAGAACUCAAAAAUGAGCUCCAGAUUCUUCUUUUCGAGCCCACUGUUCAAAAUAAUUUCCGCGAUGUUCAAAAUUAUCUCUAACUCUCCAAAUUUUAGUUAUCUUUCUCCCUCUCUGACGACUAUUUUGAAUUUUGCGGAACUAACACCGAAUAAAAUUCAAAUUUCAUAGAAUCAGACGAAAAAUCAAAUUUGCAGUUUCGAUUCCCUGAGCCAAAUGUCAUUCCGGCGAAAACUUCCAAAAACGGUCAAAUUUCUGGAAGAAGUUCUGGGCAGCGUCGUGUUGAAUGGUAGGUUUUAA